ACAUGUGUUUGUUUAUGUUUUAAAUGUCAAAAUAAUUUUUUACCGGCAAAAUUUUUUGGAAUUUUAUUUGCUUCACACUUAAUAAUUUUUAAGAAAUUCUAAAUUAUUACCACCUACAUUUGUUCGAUAUGCCGACGUCUAUACGCGCACUGAUUUCCGAAGGUCUCCGUGUAGGAGUAAUUAUGGCUGGCGGAGAUGUACUCUGCCAAACAUUAGUGGAAAAACGAGAGCUACGUAAUGUGGACGUAAAUCGUAUGUUGAAAUUUGGUGCGGUGGGUGUUAUUUAUGUCGGCCCCGUAUUAAAAAUUUGGUAUGGAACAUUAGAAAAAAUAGUACCAAAGGGAUCGCCUCCACUCAAACGGGCUUUGAAGAAAGUGGCCUUGGAUCAAACACUUUUUGCACCAGCAUUCAUUGCCAGUUUAAUUGGCAUCUUUGGUCUUGUUAAUGGUGAAAGCAUUCCAACAAUCGAAGAUCGUUUCAGGAAUGAUUAUCUUACGAUUUUAUCACGAAAUUACAUGCUUUGGCCAGCUGCCCAAGUAAUCAACUUCUCAUUGGUUCCACUUAAUUAUCAGGUGUUGUAUGCGCAAUUUAUAUCCCUCAUAUGGAAUAUCUAUCUCUCGAUGAAGUUGAAUGAUGAAAAGAAAUAACUGCCAAGCAACUUUGAAAAUACACGAAUACUCAAAAAUUCACAAGAAGAAUUUAAUCAAUUAACAAUUCAUAUUGUAAAAAGGAAAAAGGAAAAAUUGUUAAAUAAAUAUAAGAAUAGAAUUAUGCUCACUGGCUAUGUUAGAAUAUAUACAUAUAUGUAAAUAUAAAAAGAGGAAAAAACCAAAUUAAAAGUGUAACAUA